GCUGCAGAAUGAGAGAGGACCACUUUGCGAAGGAGCCGUGAGCACAUUCAGGACCUGAUCAAGGAGACGCAGCGGGGUGAGGGGAGUCAUCGGUGUCAGAGUGGGGUGCGUUUGUUUUAGCCACCUGCAGGUGGUGGACCGAUCAUCAUUGAAGGAAACAGAACUGACGCAACCCGACAGCGCGUCCAUCCUGACCUCUGACACGUGACCAGAUGUUGACAGCUAACUAAAAGGUUUCCCGACAUGUGCCCUGAUACCUGCGCCACCCUCGUCCUAACUCUGCUGCUCCUUCAAGUUCAGCAGGGUAAACCAGUGCAAGAGAUCAAAACCAGCCAUGACAACAUCAUGAAGAUCAACACAGCAGCAGAAACGAUGCAAUGCUCAGCAGCCAUGGACAUCCUCUUUCUCAUGGAUGGCUCCUACAGUGUGGGGAAAGGCAGCUUUGAGAGGUCCAAACAUUACGCAGUCCAGCUGUGCCAAGCACUAGACGUUGGUCCCGACAAGGUGCGAGUUGGUUUGAUUCAGUUUGGCUCGGGCCCUCAACUUGAGUUUUCGCUGAACUCGUACUCCACCAGGCAGGAGCUGAAGAAACAAAUAAAAAGGAUUUCCUACCGAGGAGGCAGCACACAGACAGGCCUGGCUCUAAAAUACAUCCUGAGGAAGGGUUUUCUGGGUGGCCGUAACUCCUCUGUCCCCCACAUCGUCAUCCUGCUGUCAGAUGGGAGGUCUCAGGGCAACGUGGUCCAGGCGGCAGCACAGCUAAAAGAGACAGGCGUGGUCUUGUUUGCUAUUGGUUUACGGUACCCAAAGUGGGAGGAGCUACAUGCUGUUGCCAGUGAGCCAGUGGAGAGCCAUGUCUUCUUUGCUGAGGAUUUUCACGAUGCCAUCAAUGGCUUGUACACCACUCUGAGCACUUUCUCUGUCUGCAGUGCAGCUCCUGCAGGUUGUCAGGUGGAGUCGUUCCCAUGUGAGAGAAAAACUCUAGAGACUGUGAAGGAGCUACAGGGGAAUUUCAUGUGCUGGAAAGGCUCCAAGGGGUAUUCCCCAUACACUUAUCUAUGUCCCUACUACAGGUACAGCAAGGUCUACAGGAGCCACCUGUCAGUCUGCCACAGAACCAUUUGUACAGAACCCUGCGACUCUCAGCCCUGUCUGAAUGGAGGGACGUGUGUGUCAGAAGGCUCAGAGGGGUACCGCUGUGUGUGUCCACCUGGAUAUGGAGGAGACCCUCACUGUGCUCCUGCGUUAUCUCUGGACUGCUCUGUGGAUUUGCUCUUCCUGCUUGAGGGCUCUGCCUCGCUGACUUUAGAAGACUUCCUACGCCUUAAAUCCUUCUUAAAACGCUUCUUGCAGACUGUGAUUGGCUCUGACAGCCCCAGUAAAGUGGGCCUGGCAGUGUUUGGUGGAGAGACCCGAGUGGAGGCCCAGGUUGGAAAGUUCAACGGGAAUCUGAAGGGUUUCCUUAAGGCUCUGGAUGCACUUAAACCACCUGGUGGCCAGACCCUGACGGGCCACGCACUUCAAUAUGUUACACGUAACGGGUUUGUCAGCCAGCCCGUGUUCGCUGACGUAUCAGAUGACCUUCCUCGUGUGGUGGUGCUGCUCACUGCCACUCCUGCUGCUGACGAUGUGGUCAAGGCCUCUAAAUAUGCACGAGACAGAGAGAUCUUCCUGAUCGGGGUGGGACCUGAUGGCCUAAAGGAGCAGCUGAAUAGCAUCACAGGAAACCCUCAGAGGACUCUCACAUACACAGCAGCUGAUCAACUCACUGGGAAGAUACCAGAGCUGAAGGCCAAGGUCUGCAGCGUAGAUAUGCAAGGUUGUCUGGGUCAAGCGGUGGACCUUGUGUUUGCCCUGGAUGCCUCAGGCGGUGUUGGCCGGGAGAACUUUGCUACGCUGAAGGAUUUUGUGCGCAGCCUCACCGUUCAGUUUGACAUCAACCGCGACGUGGCUCAAGUAGCCCUUGUUAUCUACAGUCGAAGAGCCCACACCGUCUUUGGCCUGGACACCCACGACUCCGGCUCUGCCACCCUCAGGGCUGUGGGUGAUGCCAGCUAUAUGGGAGGAGUGGCGUCAACUGGUUCAGCUCUUCUCCACAUCUACUCCAACGUCCUGACCUUCGCUAAAGGUGCACGGCCAGGAGUUAAUAAGGCCGUGGUGGUGUUUACGGACGGUUCAGGUGGGGACGAUGCUGUUGUGCCCGCUCACAAGAUAAGAGACAGUGGAGUCUCUGUUUUUGUGGUUGGCAUCGGAGACAUGCAAAGAGACCGGCUGCUGAAGAUCGCAGGCUCAGAGCAUCAUAUGAUUGCUGUGCCGUCUUACGAGGAUCUCAAGUACCAUGAGGAUGUUCUUGUGCAAAUGAUGUGCACAGAAGUGAAGAAACCUGUAAAUAUGUGCACACCCAUACUGUCAGGAGGGAGCUUCAGGUGUCAAUGCAAAGGCUACGAAGGACCACAUUGUGAAACAAGAAGCGAUAGGUCUUCAUCUAGAGGAGAUCUCCCAAAACCAACUGGCCUGAGGAAGAGCCACCAGGAGCUUCCACGUCACUAUAAACUACACCGUCGAAGACCCGUUGCCUGAUACGCAAAUAAAACACACACACACACACACACACACACACACACACACACACACACACACACACACACACACACACACACACACACACACACACACACACACACACACACACACACACACACACACACACACACACACGCACGCACGCACAUGCGCGCACACACACACACACUUCUGAACCAGGGAUGUUUGUGGAGUAAAGACAAAGCUGAGAUUUUUCUAAAUGUCUUGUGUAUUUCUAUUUCUGUCGCCUCAUUAGUCUUGUUAUAUUGGUUUCUAUGUGGUUCUUUUAGCUGUUUAAAGAUGCAAACUAUAAUUUUAUUUUGUAAUACAUGGGCCAAGAUUUUCACAUUUCCUUUUUUUAAGCCAAAAACUGUAAUGUGUGCAUUUUAAAAAUCACUUGAAAAGCAGAGGCUAUUACAUUAAAAAAAUAAAAUAAAAUCUAAAAUGGACUCAUGGGAGGGGCCAAAGGGGUCAGGUGCAUUGUGUGCCAGGUGGUAGCCGAAGGCAGGGACCUUUGCGGUCUGAUCCUUGGCUAUAAAGUCUAGCUCUCGAUACGUGGAAUGUCACCACUCUGGUGGGAAAGAGCCGGAGUUGGUGUGUGAGGUUGAGAGGUUCUGAUUAGAUAUAGUUGGACUCACCUCGACAGAUGGCUAAAGUUUCCUCCAGAGGGGUUAGAAUUUCUACCACUCUGGAGUUGCUCCCAAUGAGAGGUGCCAAGCAGGGGUGGGCAUACUUGUUGCCCCCCCAUCUUGGUGCCUGUACGUUUACCCCCGUGAACGAGAGGGUAGCCUCCCUUGCCUACGUGUGGGGGAACAGGUCCUGACUGUGGUUUGCGAUAUGCACCAAACUGCAGCUCAGAUUACCCACCCUGUUUGGAGUUCUUAGAGGGGGUGCUGGAGAGCACUUGUUUUGGUGACUCCCUCGUUCUGCUGGGGGACUUUAACGCUCACUCAGGUAAUGACAGGGAGGCUUGGAGAGGUGUGGUUGGGAGGAAUGUCCCCCCGAUCUGAAUUUGAGUGGUGUUUUGUUAUUGGACUUCUGUGCUAGUCAUGGAUUGUCCAUAACAAACACCAUGUUCAGACAUAACGGUGUCCAUAUGUGCUCGAGGGACUAUAUUUGUUGGCUGACCAGGGAACGCAUUAGGAUUCCCCCCAAGGGGCUGACCCAAGUAGCUGGGGAGAGGGAAGCCUGGGCCUCUCUGCUUAGGUUGCUGCCUCCGCGACCCAAUUCCGAAUAACCAGCUAAAAAUGGAUGGAUGGACCAAAAUGGACAAUCAAAUCGAUUUCAGGAUGCUUAAUACUU